AUGGUGGCUGCACUUUCCGUUCUCGAAAGAGGAGCUGGCGGUGAUACGAAGAGUCAAAUUGCUGAAGCACUGAAAAGGACAUCUGACAUAGACGUGCCAGAGUUGAUUCGACAGCUGACAGCAGCCGAUGGGGUUCUUAUGGCCGUUGCGACAAAGCUCUACCUCGAUGAGUGUAAGACACCUUCUUCAUCAUCACGUUUUCAAUACAUUAUGACAUCUUUUCGCAUUCCUUUGUGA